CUCACUUUUCAGACCUUCUUCGCGGACACCACUGUCGGGACAGUGCUCGGUCACCGGCCACCAGCAGUAUUUGUUCGUCCAAACGAUCCUGUCGGUAAAGUGCUUGACGUGCUGCUCGAAGCACACCACAUGCGUUGCGUGUUCAUCGUCGACGAUCACAUAACGCCAAUCGCAUGCGUUUCACAAUCGGAUGUCAUCUCACAUUUGAUCUACGACGAAGUGCCAUUCCAGAAGCAGAAGUCACACCGUCGAGACCUGUCGAGCGACGAAAGGCAAAGACGCAAAUGUGAGCUGCCGUGUGGCGACAUUAAAUGUGUUCUGUUCAAGGUCAAUGGUUGCCAGUUGACCUCAGUCUACGAUCUACGCGAAGGCGAAGAGGGAUCGGCCGAUUUCUACGAUGAUGACUGGGCUUUCCGAAGGCCGAGGAGUAACAGUUCGGACUUCUUGAUUCUCCGGAAAACAUCACGCCCGCUAUCGGUCGACGUUGUUGGUCUUGUGGAGUCCCAGUCCGACCCGUAUCGACAGUACAUGAGGGUGGUAGACUGUUAUGAACUUUCGCCCCAAUCCGGAAAUGUUAUAGUUCUUGACAAAUCUAUCAAGGUAUUUUUGAAAGUCGACAGAGCGUUCUCGGCUCUCUGUGAACAAAAUGUGCGUGCUGGUGAGAUAGGCGACCUCAUAACCGACAACUCGUUGGUCACCGUGUUUGCAGAUAUGAAAGUGAUCGAAGCAUGCGAGCAAUUAUGUCUACAUCGCGUGCAUCGUAUUAUCGUUCGGGAACCUCAAUCAGGAGAUAUUCUUUACCUUCUAACAAUAAAACGGGUACUUCAAGCUAUACAUAAACAGAAUCGUUCGUUACAUUUUGCUCAGUGGUUGAGCAGUCCUAUCAAGGAAUCGGGCGUAGGCACGUGGGAGAGUACAAUACAUUCGGUUUCACUUGAAGAUUGUUUGAACGACGUGGUCGAAAAGCUACUUGGACAUCAUUUAUCGUCACUUCCGGUGAUCAACUCAGAUGGGCAAGCAAUCGAUGUGGUUACUAAAUCCGAUUUAGCUAUGGCUUUGAUAGAUAUGAACGCUCAUCAGACCUUCUUCGCGGACACCACCGUCGGGACAGUGCUCGGUCACCGGCCACCAGCAGUAUUUGUUCGUCCAAACGAUCCUGUCGGUAAAGUGCUUGACGUGCUGCUCGAAGCACACCACAUGCGUUGCGUGUUCAUCGUCGACGAUCACAUAACGCCAAUCGCAUGCGUUUCACAAUCGGAUGUCAUCUCACAUUUGAUCUACGACGAAGUGCCAUUCCAGAAGCAGAAGUCACCGUCGUUAAAUUCAUAA